UUUAACGAUGCGUGCACUCCUCCAAGAGCGCGACACACGCUUGUGGGCCCAGUGUGCCGUUUGUGUCCGCGGACGCUAGCCAACAGUUGAACAUCAUCCCUGGCAAACCUCAUGCCGUGGCCACCCUACCGCAUACCAUACUGUCUGCAAGAGGAACGAAAUGCUGGUUUAUAUAUUUGCAGCUUAAGCGGGCUCACGCAAAUCAAAUGGUCAGCGGGAUUUCCCCUGUGU